AUGUCGAACACCAAAACGAUUCACGUCCCCCACCUUGGCGGCAUUGACGCUGCAUACCGUAUAUCCGAUCCCUACGACGCCUCUAAACCUACCCUCAUCUUGAUAAACAGCUUCACAACAUCUUCUGAACUCUAUGAUGCACAAUUCUCCAGCCCCGCGUUGUUAUCCAAGCUCAACCUCCUCGCCAUCGAGCUCCUAGGGCAUGGGCAAACCCGGACAGAGUGCGAGCACUGGACGUAUUGGGACACUGCGAUCAUGAACCUGCAGGUCAUGGAUGCAUUAGGUAUUAAAAGAGCGUUCAUUCUUGGUACCAGCCAAGGUGGCUGGGUAACCGUAAGAAUGGCAUUGCUUGCCCCAGAGAAGAUCCAAGGAAUCAUCCCUUUGGGCACUUCUAUGGACUCAGAGUCCCCCCGCAGCCGUGCUCUCGGGUGCUGGGAUCCCAUCCAACCCUGUGCCGACCUUAUCAAUUCUUGGACCAGCGACACUCCUACGCCUGAUUUCUCCCUCACGCAGUCAUACUGCGACUUUCUCAUCGAUGCGGGUUUCGGCGCCAACUGUCCCUCCGAGGUCCGAGCCUUCUGGAGCCAAACCCUUCAGUCUAAAUACCGGGGGAACGAUGGUCGAAAACGGAUCAGGAUGGCGGCGGUCAAUCUCCGCGAUAGAGAUACUUUACACAGCCGGCUAUGGGAUAUCCGGUGCCCUGUCCUCUGGAUGCAUGGGACGAGCGAUGUUGUGUACUCGGUUGCUAAUGCGGAAGAGGAGGUCAAAAUGUUUGUAAAUUCGCCAGAUGCAAGGUUGAUUGUUGUCGAGGGUGGCCAGCACUUUUUGAGCUUUUCAAAUCCCGAGGAAGUGGAGCGGAAUGUGUUAGAGUUUGUGGAGAAGUAUUAG